AUGGUGAUUUUUAGGCCCAACAUCCUGACGGUGAUCAUCCUGUCCCAGCUGGUGUUGCGUCGGCAGAAGUCGUCCUAUAACUACCUGCUGGCGUUGGCGGUGGCCGACAUCCUGGUGCUGCUGCUCAUCGUCUUCAUGGACUUCCUGCUGGAGGACUUCAUCCUGGCGCGGCCGCUGCCGCCCGGCGCCAACAAGGCCCUGCAGGUGCUGGAGUUCUGGGCGAUGCACACGUCCAUCUGGAUCACGGUUCCGCUGACGGUGGACCGCUACGUGGCCGUGUGCCACCCGCUCCGCUACCACAGCGUGUCGUACCCCGCACGCACCCGCCGCGUCAUCACCGCCGUCUACGCCGUCGGCCUGCUCACCGCCGCACCCUACUACUGGUGGCCGGAGCUGUGGCACGGAGCACACCAGCGCACGCAGGAAGGUGUGUGGGAGCACGUGUUGGUGUGGGCUCACUGCGGGGCCGUGUACCUGCUCCCCUGCUCCGUCUUCUUCACCCUCAACGCCGCCAUCAUCCACAAGCUCCGCGGGCGACGCCACUGCUUCCGCCUCCGCGGCUACUCCACGGGCAAGACCACGGCCAUCCUGCUGGUCAUCACGUCGGCGUUCGCCACGCUCUGGGCGCCGCGCACCGCCAUCAUCCUCUACCACCUGUACGCCGCGCCGCCGGUCGCCGCGGAGACGGCGCGCACCCUGCACCUGCUCUCCGACCUGGCCAACAUGCUGGCGCUGCUCAACUCCGCCGUCAACUUCUUCCUCUACUGCUUCGUCAGCCGCCGGUUCCGCCGCAUGGCCGCGGGCGUGCUGCGCGCCGCCUUCCGCUGCCGGGGGCAGUGUCCCGCCCCGGCGCCCGUCUACGCGGCGGCCCAGAGCUUCUCCGUCACCAGCAGCCCCUGGGUCUCCCCCGACAACUCCCACUGCAUCCGCAUGUUCGUGUACCAGCCCGACAGGAACACACACCCCGUCCGCCCCGUCCACCUCUCCACCUAAACACACACACACACACACACACACACACCGGCCACCGGGGUGUGUCCUCGCCCUCUUAAAGGGG